GCCCCAUUCUCUUAAAUGUCAGUGCUCAGAACAGAGCUCCAUACUUUAUUUUGACUCUGACUCUUUGAGUUUUGGAUCUUUUGGUUCAACCUAUUUUGAAUUGUAGUUUGUUAUGGUAUACAAAGACCUUUGUGAACAGCUGAAGUCCAUGUGAAGAAGUUUGAACCAUCAUUAAUCUGAGAAUGACUAAAGAAGCAUUAGCUGUCACUAUCGUGGUCUUGUGGCUGCUUUGCAAUCCGGCGAGGAUCAGGGGAACCGGGGGAUUUCAAGGCGCCAUUCCUCACCCAAAUAAAUACAGCCCAAACCAGUCGGAACAGUCACCGCAGACACCGCAGGCCAGUUCUGGGGGAAUGGGACCGCCUUCAGUCGGGGACGAGGUGCUGGACUCCAGCCAGGAGGCUUUACACGUAACGGAGCGCCGUUAUCUCAAACUCGAUUGGUGUAAAACGCAGCCGCUGAAACUGAUGAUUUACGAGGACGGGUGCCAGCCGCGCACCAUCAUCAAUCGCUUCUGUUACGGACAGUGCAACUCAUUCUACAUACCUCGACACGUUUAUCAGGAGGACAGUGCGUUUCAGUCGUGCUCCGUGUGUAAGCCGAAGAGUUUCACGACUGUCACUUACACGCUAAUUUGUCCCGGGCAGAUCCCCAGCACCAAGAAGAAGCGCGUGCGCCGCGUGAAACAGUGCCGCUGUACUUCUGUCGACUUGGAUUAAACUUGCUGACGUCAUUGUUGUAGGAAACUUGUGUGUGUGUGUGUGUGUGUGUGUUUUGUCUGAAAGUCAAGCUUAAAUGCACUCCUAUAGCUUAACAAUGUAGGAGCAUUAUCGCUUUGUUUCCUGCAUCGUUGUUCAGUCAUCAAAUGUGGCUUUUAUAUUGUGAAGAAAUACAACGGAUGCAAUUAAAUGUACUAUAAAACAAGUUGCAUAAGUUAUAAUACUAUAAAAAGAGUGACAUAUUAAAAAUAUGCUUAUAUUAUUUUCCACUGUGUGGAUCAAUGUAGAUACAUUUAGGUGUAAAUAGGUACUUUUGUAAAAACUACAACAACAUUCCAAUGUGUUUUGUCCUGGUCUUAAUACAACACUGUAAAGUGAAAUGAAUGAGGUGCCAAAGUUACAACCUUCUUGAUCACUUUGAAUUUCAUGACUGAUGAAGAACAUGUAGGCGAAACUCUAUUAAAUAAUAAUGACAGAAAACAA